GAGAGAGGGAGGUUUCUGGUUUAGUUUCAAUCUGAUUUUACUGGCUUAGAAAAAGAAACCGGUUAGCCCAAUUAAUCGGUUCCACUGAUUUGGCCUCAUAUCCUGUGAAAAACAGUCAAUUUUAGGACCGAAAUAACCUGGUUCAAGAAAACCAGAUAGAAAAUCUCUGGUGGGUUUUCUCUGUAAUUCCAGCGAUAUGGGUGGAAUGGUCUCUGAUGAGGUACUGGGUACUUUUAUGCCCAUAUUGGUUUAUUGGGUUUAUUCUGGGAUUUAUUUUUCAUUGAAUAGAUUCGACAAUUAUCGUAUGCAUUCAAGAAAAGAUGAGGAAAUAAAGAAUUUGGUUUCCAAGGGGACAGUCGUCAAAGGGGUUCUUCUCCAGCAAUCUAUCCAGGCUCUUGUGGCACUUUCCUUGUUCAUGGUUACCAGCACCAAUGAAGAGACCACCUCAUUUUCACAGCCUUCCCUUUUCAUGUACGCAAAGUGGUUCUUGAUAGCCAUGUUGGUUAUGGAUACCUGGCAAUACUUCAUUCAUAGAUACAUGCAUCAUAACAAGUUUCUAUAUCGCCAUAUCCAUUCGCAACAUCAUCGGUUAGUUGUCCCCUAUGCAUUUGGGGCUCUGUACAACCACCCAUUAGAAGGUCUUCUUCUCGACACAGUAGGAGGCGCUCUAUCCUUCCUCCUAUCUGGUAUGACCCCUCGAGCCUCCAUUUUCUUCUUCUCCUUUGCGACCAUCAAAACUGUUGAUGAUCAUUGUGGACUAUGGCUUCCGGGCAAUCUAUUCCACAUAUUCUUCCAAAACAACACUGCUUAUCAUGACAUACACCACCAACUCUAUGGCAACAAAUACAACUUCUCCCAGCCUUUUUUUAUUGUGUGGGAUAAAAUUCUUGGGACAUAUAUGCCUUACUCUUUGGAGAAGAGGGCAGGUGGGGGUUUCGAAGCACGGCCCUUGAAAGAGAAGAGUUGACUCCCUGUGCUAUAUAGUUUUUCGAUCUUCCUUGUUCUGUUAAGUAAUACAGCUUUUGAAUUUUGAUUUGUUCUUUAACUCCACGUGUAUCUUAUACCUCCUGAGGAGAAAAUUUGUACAAGGGGAACUUUGUUUUCAUAUGUGUGUACAAGUAGUUGCUUUAGGCUAUGAAAUAGAGUUUGUAUAGCAUGAAUGUUCAAAGGCCAAGUUCU